GGGAGAAAAGAGUUUGUUUGUUUCCGCUGCGACUACUCUAUUGUUGCUAUAUACUACCUUUGGAAUUGCCGGAGGAUCGUCGUUGUUUAUUGGGAUAAAUUAUUGAGGAGGGAAGUUUGUCAAUAUGCCUCUUCUGAACCGAAGUCAUAGCCAUACGAUCCCUUAUUGUGAUAUUAGACUGGACAACAAUGUGGUUGUGCUUAGGGGAACUCCAGAGGAAUCUGCUGGCGCAGCGCUGAAAGGAACACUUGCUUUCUGCAUCACAGAAUCUGCCGCCAUUCGGUCAAUCGCUUUGUCGUUGUUGGGCGUGAGAAGGCUGCAUUGGCAGGAAAACUCCACAGCUUCCGGCAUUUCUGUCAAGCCGGUUAAAAGUGAGAGCGUAGUGUUCGUGAAGAAGUGGGAAUUCUUGGAGUUUUCUCACAGGAACCCAGUCACACUGCGCCCGAAUAAUUACGAGUACAGCUUUGAAACUGUCCUACCUGGCAACCUUCCCGAAUCAAUCGAAGGCCUAGACCAUGCUCAGAUAUUCUAUCGGCUAAAAGCUGUGAUCGAGAGGCCCCGGUUUGCGCAGAAUAUCGUUGCGAAAAAGCAUUUAAGGGUAGUACGGACUUUGGGCCCUAGUGCAUUGGAGCUAUCACAGGCUAUGUCUGUGGAGAAUAUCUGGCCCAACAAGGUGGAAUACUCGAUUAGUAUUCCCAGAAAGGCUGUUGCUUUUGGAUCGUCUAUUCCUAUCGAUAUUAUACUUGUGCCCUUACUCAAGGGACUUACUGUGGGGAAAGUUAUUUGCAAUUUUAAGGAAUUGCAGAGCUUCAGUGACCCUGAGAAGGGCACUACUAAGGAUGAUGUCAGGCACGUUUUGCAACAGAUUUUUGAGAAUUGUGAGAGUGGGAUGGAGGAUGAUGAAGAUCUCGGAAGGUGGAGGCUACAGGACAGGGUUCAACUGCCGAAGAGCUUAAUUAGAUGCGUUCAGGAUUGUGAAGUGGACUGCAUCAAAAUUAAACACAAGCUCAAAUUCGCCAUCCAACUUCACAAUCCCGAUGGGCACACCUCUGAGCUACGGGCAUCCCUUCCUGUGCAAUUGUUCAUAUCUCCAGAUCUAUUGAUGGGCGAAGACAAUAUCGUCCGUGGGACUCUCUUGUCAGGGGACCUCGCGCUGAAUCAAAGUCAAGCGCCUCCGCGUUAUGACGACCAUUACCUGGAUCGAUUAUAUCAGGGCAUACCCCAGGACCACUACGAAACUCCAACGCACACUCCACUUCCUUCCCUUUCUAACUCGCCCAACCUAUCACAGCAGAGCUCCUCCGAGAACCUUGCCACGAAUUCGGCGGGUGAUUUAGGAAGGCCCAGCUCUCCUACACCCCCGGGGAUACCCCCACACAGGAGUACCGGUGGCGCUAGUGCCCCGCCGGUAUCUCCGGCCUCGUCGCCUAGGGCUAUGGUAGAAGAAGUAGUAGCACGGUUGAGCCAACGUGGCGGCGAAGACUACUUUUCGAGGCCGGUGGAAUCAAGUGGGCACACCGCGCGCUAUGGUGGGCCUAGGGCGAGAGCGCACUCGCCGGAUAAGGCACAUGAGGAUGAGGUGGAUCUCGGUGCGCUAUCGAAGGUCCCAUCGUAUAGCACUGCGGUUCGUUCAGGAACAGGAAACUUGAGCUCCACUUCAAGUCUCCCUACCUACGAUGAGGGACUCCGCAGUGCACCUGCCAGCCUCGCCGCCAGUCCCCUGAACAGUCCCCCGAGCUCCUCCGCGCUGCCUACCAUGCACUCCGGUAGAGACGGAAGCGAUAGGCGGAGAUCGGGAGGAGUUCUCGGCAGUGACCAUACUGGUGGAGAUAGCGAUUCUAGCAGCGAAGUACACUCUCCCAUCACAGAAGCUGAGAGAAGGUUGAGGGGAUUCCAGCUUAGGGGUCGGUAGGAAAAACACCCUUCUUACACCUCCUUUUCCCUUUGUUUAUUUUGUUAUUUUUUUGGCCUUUGUUACCUGGAGGGAUUGCUUUGGGCGUUUGCAUGAGUUUUUUGGUGGGUACUGAGUAUUUUCAUUUCCCGCCGGUUCCUUUUCUUAAUCUUACACUUUGUACACACACUCCUCUCUACCUAGCCUGUUUUCUUUUCACCGUCCUCCACGCGUUGUAACUACAGAUGGCGUGUUAGGAUUUUGUUCGCAGUAUUCUUUUCCUACCCAGAACUAGACGGUGUGGGCGUUUCCUUUUGAUAGACUUUUUAUGUUUUUCCUUGUCAUUGGGAUGACCCGGGGGGGCAAAAAUUGGGGGCAUCAAAUGGAAAAUGAUAUCAUUUCCUCUUCGUAAA